AAUAUUGAAGGCAGUCGAUCGGUUUAAAUAGAACUAUUAGGAACUCGUCGAGAAAACUAGAUUGUCCCCAACAUUUUUGUAUCUCUCUCAAGUGAAGGACAGGAUUAAAUUAAAAAUCCUUUGCAAUCAUGGGGGAUAUGUUUCGCAGUGAAAAAAUGGCCCUGUGCCAGCUUUUUAUUCAACCAGAAGCAGCUUACGCAACCGUUUCGGAAUUAGGAGAAGCUGGAUGUGUUCAAUUUCGUGACCUAAACGAUGGGGUUCACUUGUUUCAACGAAAAUUCGUUGGCGAAGUCCGCCGCUGCGAGGAGUUAGAACGAAAAAUUCGAUACAUCGAGAAAGAACUUGCCAAAGAAGGAUUCGAGCUACCCGAAUUAAACGAAAACAUCCCCAGUGCACCAAAUCCUAGAGAAAUAAUUGAUUUAGAAGCUCAUUUGGAAAAUACAGAAAAUGAAAUGCUGGAACUCAAUCAAAACGAAGUUAGUUUGCGAUCGAAUUAUAUGGAACUCACUGAGCUGCGACAAGUCUUAGAAAACACUGAUGAUUUCUUUUCCGAGCAGGAAGUUUUAAAUCUUGAUUCGAAUCGACGAUAUUCCAUCAGUGCUGUUAUGAAUCAUAGUGGACGAGGUGAAUUGGGAUUUGUAGCUGGAAUUUUGAAACGUGAACGAGUUUUUGGAUUUGAACGAAUGCUUUGGCGUAUAUCGCGUGGCAAUGUUUUUUUAAGACGUGUCGACUUGAAUGAAGCAUUCAAAGAUCCGGCUACUGGACAUGAAAUUUACAAGACAGUUUUUGUGGCAUUCUUCCAAGGGGAAGAGCUAAAGAAUCGUAUUAAGAAGGUCUGUUCUGGUUUUCAUGCUGCAAUGUACCCGUGUCCAAGUUCACACUCUGAACGCCACGAAAUGAUUAAGGGCGUUCGCACUCGAUUGGAGGACAUGAGAAUGGUGCUGAAUCAAACUGAUGAUCACCGUAGCAGGGUCUUGGCAACAGUUUCAAAGAAUCUGCCAACUUGGAGUAUUAUGGUCAAGAAAAUGAAAGCAAUCUAUUUCACACUCAAUCUCUUUAAUAUGGACGUUACACAGAAAUGCAUGAUUGGUGAGUGUUGGGUGCCGACCAAUGACUUGAUGAUUGUUCAACGAGCUCUGGCUGCUGGAUCUAAUCAGGUUGGAAAUUCAAUUCCAUCGUUUUUGAACGUGAUUGAGCCAAAUGAGUCACCACCGACUUACAACCGUACUAAUAAGUUUACACAGGGUUUUCAAAACCUUAUCGACGCCUAUGCUGUGGCUUCGUAUGGCGAAGUCAACCCAGCACUAUAUACGAUUAUAACGUUUCCAUUUUUGUUCGCGGUCAUGUUUGGAGACGUUGGUCAUGGAAUCAUUAUGCUGCUGUUUGGUGCUUGGAUGGUUCUGUGGGAAAAGGGUUUGUCGAAAAUGAAAGGUGGUGGGGAGAUUUGGACGAUUUUCUUUGGUGGACGCUACAUAAUCCUUCUCAUGGGAAUAUUUUCCAUCUACACUGGAUUCAUCUACAACGAUAUUUUCUCCAAGUCGAUGAAUGUGUUCGGUUCUGGAUGGAGGGUUCACUAUGAUUAUUCUACUGUCCAUGCCAAUCCAUCUCUGCAACUGAAUCCGAAAAACUACACAGUUGGCGUCUAUUGGCUUGGGAUGGAUCCCAUUUGGCAACUGGCAGAAAAUAAAAUAAUUUUUCAAAACUCCUACAAAAUGAAGCUGUCUAUAAUCUUUGGUGUCACACACAUGUUGUUUGGGGUUUCAAUGAGCGUCGUCAACCACGUGCACUUCCGUCGAUGGGGUAGAAUCUUCAUGGAGUUUCUGCCACAAGUUCUGUUCUUACUACUGCUUUUUGGUUACAUGGCAUUCAUGAUGUUCUUCAAAUGGGUUAAAUACAGUGCUGAGUCAGAGAUUUUGUCUGAAACUCCAGGAUGUGCGCCUUCAGUGCUGAUUAUGUUCAUCAACAUGAUGCUCUUUAAGUCCACACCUCCGUUGGAAGGUUGCAAGGAGCAUAUGUUUGAGGAGCAAUAUUACCUGCAAAUGGGGCUUGUUGCCAUUGGGUUAUUGUGUAUUCCAUGGAUGUUACUGUCGAGACCUUUGUACAUUCAUUUUACCAGAAAGAACAAGAUUCAUAUAGUAAACCAUAAUGGUACCGGUAGGGAUGCCCCUGCCGGAGGCAGUGGAGGUGGACAUGGUCACGAUAAUGAGCCUAUGGGCGAGAUUUUAAUUCAGCAAGCCAUUCACACAAUCGAGUAUGUUCUAAGCACGAUUUCCCACACAGCUUCAUAUUUGCGUUUGUGGGCCCUGUCUCUAGCUCAUGCCCAGCUGUCUGAAGUUCUUUGGGGCAGAGUAUUAACAUUUGGUUUUUUGAUACCAUCGUACUAUAUCGGACCUGUUAUGCUGUUUGUGGUUUUUAUAGCUUGGAGUUUUUUUACGAUGGCUAUUUUGGUAAUGAUGGAGGGUUUGUCUGCCUUUUUACAUACCCUAAGACUUCAUUGGGUUGAGUUUAUGAGUAAAAUAUAUGAAGGUGAAGGUUAUGCAUUCACUCCUUUCAGUUUCAAACAAAUUCUAAAGGAAGAUGAUGAAGACGAAUAAAAACAACCUCAACUAAUAAUAAUUAUUAUAUUGUUUAUUACAUCUUUUAUCAAUUUUAUGUUUGAUAUAUAAAUACAUACAAUUAUUUACAUAAA